AUGACCUUGGCUGCUUCAAAACCACAGCUUCCUAAAGCGAAUGGACAAACCUGGGGGAGACUGCUGAAAGUCUUUGACUUGUCCUUGGCUGCGAUCUUCAUUUUGAUCACUGAAUUCUUUGAAAAGCUUGCUUACUUUGGAUUGAGAGCUAUCCUGGUUUUGUACUUCACUGAUGCACUCUUCCUGACUGAGAGCAAAGCCACGUCGUUCUACCAUGUCUUCAUCUUCUUCUCCGUAACCUUCACCAUCUUCGGAGCGUUCCUCUCAGACUUCUGCUUUGGUCGAUACAGGUGUAUUCUGAUCUCCACCAUAUUGUACCUGUCUGGUACCGUUAUUUUGUCAACCACUGCCAUUUCAGUACUAAAUGGAAAGUCAGGUGUGGGUUCCUACAUUGGAUUCUUUCUCAUUACCUUGGGAUCUGGCUGCAACCGAUCCAACAUGUCACCUUUUGGUGCUGAUCAGAUUGGUGCAAAAGAGGAGAAACGAUACCGGAUGUACUUCUCAUUUUAUUACUUUUCGAUGAACUUGGCAUCCUUAAUCUCUGGUAUUGCCAUACCGAUUCUGAGAGAGGAUGUCCACUGUUUCAAUGCAGACUGCUACCCCCUUGCAUUUGGAGUUUCUGCGAUAGCCCUAUUACUGGCUUUAGUGGUCUUUGGACUGGGCACUUUCAGUUACAAGAUCUACCCACCAACUGGAAACCUGUUUUGCAAAGUGGCCUCUGCCUCAGGGAGUGCACUGAAAAACAAGAUCAAAUGGUUGAUGAAUAAGAAGAAGGAAAAAGCUAAAGACCAUUGGUUGGACUGGGCUGACGCAAGCUAUGAGAAAAAGAUCAUCAGCGAUGCGAAACGCCUGUGCAACUUGCUGAUGUUAUACCUACUGCUGCCAAUGUACUGGGCCCUCUAUGAGCAGCAGGGCUCACGGUGGACCCUUCAGGCGCAGGAGAUGGAUCGCAAUGUGGGUUCGCUCCAACUGAAACCAGACCAAUUGCAGACCCUGAACGUAUUCUUUGUGCUGUUGCUGUUGCCAUUGUUUGAAGGAGUCAUCUAUCCUCUGUUUGAGAAGAUAAACUUGCAACUUCACCCAGUUGCAAGGAUGUCCAUUGGUCUAUUUGGAGCUGUUGUUGCAUUCUUGAUUGCUGGGAUUGUCCAGUUGCAAAUUCAGAAGUGGCAGGUUCUACCUCAGCAAGAUGGUGUGACUGAACUGAAAAUUUAUAAUGGAGCGUUUUGUAAACUUAACAUUGAUUUUUUGGAAAAUCAUUUUGUGAUGGAUCAGCACAUGCUCUCUCCCCACUAUCCUGCGCCCAUCGAUCCUUACCCACUACGCAUCGCUCCUUUGCACUGCUUAGUGCCUCCGUUGUCAGAAAGCUUCAACUUCACAAUGGGCUCAGAGGCCAGAAGUACCCUCUUCAUCAUGCAAGAUCUCAAGAGUAGGGAAUUAACUGUUGAACAGAUUCCUGACAACAAUAUGAAGAUUUUGGAUAACUUAGCACUUGUUCGGAUUUUGCUCCUGCCGGGAACAGCGUCAAUGAACCACAACAGAACUGUGAGAUUGAUGUGCAAACCAGAUACUUUUGAAGAUUUAGCUGUAAUGGCAUCUGUCGUAUCAAACUACACAUCUGUGCAACUAGGCAGGUGCUCUUUAGAGCUGUCAGAGGAGGCUGGGCUCAGAUUUCUGCCUGUUGGGGGAGAGGUGGUGCUGAAGGAAGGUGGAGUUUAUACAAUUGUUCUCUAUCAAGCAAACAACACAGCAAAUGUCACCAUGCAGUUGCUCAUUGACAGUUGGCCAAAGACGGUCUCGGUGAUGUGGCAGAUUCCACAGUACCUGGUACUCGCAAUAUCUGAGAUACUGUUUGUGGUGCCUGGUCUGCAUUUGGCUUAUACUCAGGCACCGUCUUCUAUGAGGUCCGUGACAACAGCAGCUUGGUUUGCUAUCCAAGGUGUGGGAAAUCUCAUCGUUGUGAUAAUUGCAGAGAGCACACUAAUAAAGAACCAGGCAGUGGAGUUCUUCGUGUUUGCUGCACUCAUGGGACUGAUUUCGCUCAUCUUCUUUGCCACGUCAAGGUAUUAUAAAUAUCAACCGAUUGACACCAACGGCACAGGCAAAGCGGCUGAAUCUGAUGUUCUGAAGUCAGAUUUAAAACCACCUUCACUUUACUCAGACAAAGAGGACAACAGGUAGCCCCUCAUGAAACUAAGGAGCUAUUCAUCUGGAGCCUUCCAACACACAAGUGGAAGUCAGCACAGUUUGUGUGUGUGUUUGUGUGUGUGUUUGAGCAUGUGUGUAUGAGUACAAGUUAAUCUUAAGCAAUAUUUUCACUGACCUCAACUAAGUGUUUACUUUGAUUGAAACUUGACAUUGAACAUAAUGUUUGCGGUCUGGAUCUUGUACAGCCGAUGUAAACUCUGAUGAGAUCCAGAGACUAUACAACCACAGCAGAAAUCUGCAAUCAUCAAGUUCUAACUUUUGUUUUGGCUUGAUAUGAGCAAUAAACUCAAUGUGUGCAGUGAUACAAAAGUUGCUCUGGAGAUUUUCUGUAUUGCUUCAUUAUCAUUAAAUGGUGCUUAUGAAGGUAGCCAAUGAUUCCCUCAAGGCAAUGUCCCAGUCAGCUUUCAUCAAUGACCUUCCUUCCAACAUCAGGUCAGAAGUGGGAUGUUCACUGAUGGUUGCACAGUGUUCAAUUCCAUUCCCAGCUCCUCGGCAAAUGAAACCAUGAAUCCCAUCAUGUAGCAAGACUCCGGUAGGGGCUGAAAGGUGGCAAGUAGUGCUCACACCACCAAGAGAAAACUUACUGAAAACUUACCUCAAUACUGUUGGCACAUGCUCCAACAUCAGCAUCCCAUGGAUGAUCACCAACAACUUAAAGUUCAACUGAACCAGUUGUAUUAAUUAAUACCAAGAAGUGUCAGAGAUUGGGUAUUUUAUGGUGAGUGAAAGAUUGUUCCAACAUGUUAGUACAAUCUUCUCAUCCUUUAAAUUAGCUGAGUAUUAGGUGAGAAUCAGUUACUACAUAUUGAAACAGUUUUUUCUGGCAUCCUUGAGACUCAACUGCUGUCAGAUUAUCAGAAAUUCAGACAACAGAAAUUAUUCCUGAUUAUGAGCUGGCAAACUGCCCCUUUUUAAGCAUAGACAUGUUACCUGGCUACGCAGGGUUCCGAGACUUGUCAGUAUUCCAAAUUUCCAAAGUCUGAAAUGCUGUCAGCCAAGAUUGCAAAGGUUGCCCUGUUAGUUACUGUUAGCUAAUAAGUAUUAUAAUCUAUUAACAUGUUAGAACUGAUCUGAGUUAAUUUUAGAUCUUGGUUAGAUUUUCAUUAAUAUUAAUUAGUAUAGAUCUAUACUGCAUAUUCAAAAUAGAUUUAAAACAACAGCUGCCAGA